ACCCCACAUCACAACCACGACGGGUUGUCCGCAGCUCGCAGCCACCCCAAAGGGAGGAAGAAAGAACAGGAGCAGAGGGAAGCCGGGCGCAGAAAGAAGGGAAAAGGAAGAGCUCAGGGUUGGACAUUUUUGGAGACAGGGGUGGAGAGGAGAAAGGGAGCGUGCCUCCUUGAUUUUCCCCUCCCCACCCCUCUUUGCUUUUCUCUCCCCUUCCCUGUAUAGCAUAUUCCAGAAACGGCAGCAGAAGGGGACAGAAACCUCUAGUGUAGGAAAGGGUUUUGGAGGGGUGGCUAGCGCUCCCGCCAGCCGCUACCUAACAGCUGGAGCUUGAGUGUGCGUGUAAGAGUGUGAAUGCGGCUCGCUCUCUCUCUUUUUCUCUCUCUCUCUCCCCUCUCUCUCCAUCCCUUCCUUUCUCCCUCCUUCUCCCUUUCCUUCACACUACAGUGUCAGCUACCCCUGUCAGUUUCCCUGUGUCAGUUUCUUCCCUAGCUCUUAUUGUGUGUGGCUGGCUGCGUGAAAGGAGUGGGUGCCCUUUAAGGGGCUCAGGUUGGGUUAGAGAGCUGGGAGAACAGGGCAGGGACAUUGGUAGAGCAAAGAGUUUCGGGGCACUGGCGAAGGUGAAAGGUGAGGAGGGCCGAUCUGUUACGGGGAAGUUUGGGAAUAACUGAGCAUCCAAAGGGGAAGUCAAGGUAGGAGCCAGUACUUGCGCUCGUCUUUACACCCCGCCCCUUUCCCUGUGCUUAUCCACCCACCCACCCGUCAGCCUAGAGGCCCCGGGCUGUCCCAGUCGGCUGCUGUUUGCGCGCCGCAAAAGAGGAGUCCGGCAAGGCGCCGCACCACGCAUCCUGGCCCACGGACACCCAGACGACACAGAUCUGAUCCGAAGAAACCACUUGGCUCAGGCUUUCUAAAUUGCUAUGAACCAUGGCCCAACUGUACUACAAAAAGGUCAACUACUCACCGUACAGAGACCGCAUCCCCCUGCAAAUUGUGAGGGCUGAGACAGAGCUCUCUGCGGAGGAGAAGGCCUUCCUCAAUGCUGUGGAGAAGGGGGACUAUGCCACUGUGAAGCAGGCCCUUCAGGAGGCUGAGAUCUACUAUAAUGUCAACAUCAACUGCAUGGACCCCCUGGGCCGGAGUGCCCUGCUCAUUGCCAUUGAGAAUGAGAACCUGGAGAUCAUGGAGCUACUGCUGAACCACAGUGUGUAUGUGGGUGAUGCAUUGCUCUAUGCCAUACGCAAGGAAGUGGUGGGCGCUGUGGAGCUUCUGCUCAGCUACAGGCGGCCCAGUGGAGAGAAGCAGGUCCCCACUCUGAUGAUGGACACACAGUUCUCUGAGUUCACACCGGACAUCACUCCCAUCAUGCUGGCUGCCCACACCAACAACUACGAAAUCAUCAAAUUGCUUGUCCAAAAACGGGUCACUAUCCCACGGCCCCACCAGAUCCGCUGCAACUGUGUGGAGUGUGUGUCUAGUUCAGAGGUAGACAGUCUGCGCCACUCUCGCUCCCGACUGAACAUCUAUAAGGCUUUGGCAAGCCCCUCGCUCAUUGCCUUAUCAAGUGAGGACCCCAUCCUAACUGCCUUCCGCCUGGGCUGGGAGCUCAAGGAGCUCAGCAAGGUGGAGAAUGAGUUCAAGGCCGAGUAUGAGGAGCUCUCUCAGCAGUGCAAGCUCUUUGCCAAAGACCUGCUGGACCAAGCUCGGAGCUCCAGGGAACUGGAGAUCAUCCUCAAUCAUCGAGAUGACCACAGUGAAGAGCUUGACCCUCAGAAGUACCAUGACCUGGCCAAGUUGAAGGUGGCAAUCAAAUACCACCAGAAAGAGUUUGUUGCUCAGCCCAACUGCCAACAGUUGCUUGCCACCCUGUGGUAUGACGGCUUCCCUGGAUGGCGGCGGAAACACUGGGUAGUCAAGCUUCUAACCUGCAUGACCAUUGGGUUCCUGUUUCCCAUGCUGUCUAUAGCCUACCUGAUCUCACCCAGGAGCAACCUUGGGCUGUUCAUCAAGAAACCCUUUAUCAAGUUUAUCUGCCACACAGCAUCCUAUUUGACCUUCCUCUUUAUGCUUCUCCUGGCUUCUCAGCACAUUGUCAGGACAGACCUUCAUGUACAGGGGCCUCCCCCAACUGUCGUGGAAUGGAUGAUAUUGCCUUGGGUUCUAGGUUUCAUUUGGGGUGAGAUUAAGGAAAUGUGGGAUGGUGGAUUUACUGAAUACAUCCAUGACUGGUGGAACCUGAUGGAUUUUGCAAUGAACUCCCUCUACCUGGCAACUAUUUCCUUGAAGAUUGUGGCCUAUGUCAAGUAUAAUGGUUCUCGUCCAAGGGAGGAAUGGGAAAUGUGGCACCCGACUCUGAUUGCAGAAGCACUCUUCGCGAUUUCCAACAUUUUAAGUUCGUUGCGUCUCAUAUCCCUGUUCACAGCCAACUCCCACUUAGGACCUCUGCAGAUCUCUUUGGGACGCAUGCUGCUUGAUAUCCUCAAAUUCCUCUUUAUCUACUGCCUGGUACUACUAGCUUUUGCCAAUGGACUGAACCAGCUUUACUUCUAUUAUGAAACCAGAGCUAUCGAUGAGCCUAACAACUGCAAGGGGAUCCGAUGUGAGAAACAGAACAAUGCCUUCUCCACGCUCUUUGAGACUCUUCAAUCACUCUUCUGGUCUGUAUUUGGCCUUUUAAAUCUAUAUGUCACCAAUGUGAAAGCCAGACACGAAUUCACCGAGUUUGUAGGAGCUACCAUGUUUGGAACAUACAACGUCAUCUCCCUGGUAGUGCUGCUGAACAUGCUGAUUGCUAUGAUGAACAACUCCUAUCAGCUUAUUGCCGAUCAUGCUGAUAUCGAGUGGAAGUUUGCAAGGACAAAGCUCUGGAUGAGUUACUUUGAUGAAGGUGGCACCUUGCCACCUCCUUUCAACAUCAUCCCCAGCCCCAAGUCAUUUCUAUACCUUGGUAACUGGUUCAACAACACCUUCUGCCCCAAAAGAGACCCUGAUGGUAGACGGAGAAGGCGCAACUUGAGAAGCUUCACAGAACGCAAUGCUGACAGCCUGAUACAAAAUCAACAUUAUCAGGAAGUUAUCAGGAAUUUAGUCAAAAGAUACGUGGCUGCUAUGAUAAGAAAUUCCAAAACAAAUGAGGGGCUAACAGAAGAAAAUUUUAAGGAAUUAAAGCAAGACAUCUCCAGCUUUCGGUAUGAAGUGCUUGACCUCUUGGGAAAUAGAAAACACCCAAGGAGAAGCUUUUCCACUAGCAGCACUGAACUCUCUCAGAGAGAUGAUACUAAUGAUGGCAGUGGUGGGGCUCGAGCCAAAUCCAAGAGUGUCUCUUUUAAUUUAGGCUGCAAGAAAAAGGCUUGCCAUGGGCCACCUCUCAUCAGAACCAUGCCAAGGUCCAGUGGUGCCCAAGGAAAGUCAAAAGCUGAGUCAUCAAGCAAACGCUCCUUCAUGGGUCCUUCUCUCAAGAAACUGGGUCUCCUGUUCUCCAAAUUUAAUGGUCAUAUGUCUGAACCCAGUUCAGAGCCAAUGUAUACAAUUUCUGAUGGAAUUGUUCAGCAGCACUGUAUGUGGCAGGACAUCAGAUAUUCUCAGAUGGAGAAAGGGAAAGCAGAGGCCUGUUCUCAAAGUGAAAUUAACCUCAGUGAGGUAGAAUUAGGUGAAGUCCAGGGCGCUGCUCAGAGCAGUGAAUGCCCUCUAGCCUGUUCCAGCUCUCUUCACUGUGCAUCCAGCAUCUGCUCCUCAAAUUCUAAACUUUUAGACUCCUCAGAGGAUGUAUUUGAAACUUGGGGAGAGGCUUGUGACUUGCUCAUGCACAAAUGGGGUGAUGGACAGGAAGAACAAGUUACAACUCGCCUCUAAGUCAAGCCCUAAUCAUCUGUUCUGGAACUCAACAGAAAUUUGUAAUUUCCUUGCUCUCAGAGAUGACACAGAAUAUGAUUCCCUCACUGCCCCUGCCCCCAAGAAAGGACAGUGAAACUCCUAUUAUUUGCACCAUCUUUUAUAGCCACAUUCUCCAUUUUUGUUGUUUUAUUAUUACUUUCAUUAUUAUUUGCCUUUUCAAUACCUGUACACACUAAGUCCAUCUUACAACCAACUGAAGGGGUGUUGCACCUAAUCAGCAGAGGUGCAGUUGGGUGCUUAACCCUUUUGAUUUGCUUUUCUCACCCAUGCUUCCUUGAAGCCCCAGGUGCCACUUUGCUACUCUUGCUGCUACACAGAUUCCUGACCAUCCUCAGGAUCUCAUGCCAUCUUCCCACAGAGCUGAGGGAUGUGGUCAGCAGUCCCCACCAGCUAUCAGAUAAGGCAAACUACCCUGCCCAUCUUUGUUGCCAUUCAGUGCUACACGCUGCCCAUGCUGGGUCAAUGAACAGCAUCAAAGGGAGGCUGAAGAGAUUCCAAAGAAUUGUCAGCUUGUGGUUUCUAGGUAUUAGUGGCUUGUUUCGUUCUUAAAUACUACAACUUCUUAUUGUGAGGGCUGUUGAAUUUUCUUGUUUCUUAAAGAUGUGUUAGUUUCCUAAUGUGUGCCAAUGAAAUAUUUGCCCCAUAGUAUAUGUCAUAUCUAAUAAGUUAGGUGAAUUAUUUUUCUGUGUUUGUGUGUUUCAGUUAACUUACUACAUUUUAAAAUUUGAUAGUAUCAAAAUUAGUAUUUAGAAUUUGUGCUGUUUUUUAAAAACGUCUACUACACUCUAACCAAUAGUCACUACAUCUCAUACAUUGGCAAGAUAAAUAGUUGUCAUAUUUGUCGGGUCCUACUCUACUGUUGAUAGUUUUAAUUAUCAUUGCUAUCAAAGAAUUUCUAAGAUAAAAGCCUGAAUUUGAAAUAUUUUUAUCAGAAAAAAAUGGCAUAUUGCUGAAGUGUCAAAUAUGAGAAAAGAGCAUCUUCAUUUUAAUUAAUUGCUUUAUAAAAAUGGCAAUUCUAGGUAUAGAUAACCUAAUUCAGGUUGCAGUUUUAAUACUCAUUGGGGGCAGUGGAAUUGCAGGUGUAAAUUAUGUUAGCUAUAUAACAUAACCACCCUAGUGGAUUCAUGGAAUUAUAAACGUGAUCCAAAUUCUACUGUCUUCCAAGGAAGCUACAUUUAUACAUCAAACAAAUUCUUUUCCACAGCUUAAGAGUACCUCAUCAGAAUACAGUGGUCCAAGUUAAAAAAUAAAGUCCAUAAUGCAUAUGGUCAUCAUUUUAGACCUAAUAACCACUGAGAACCUGCUGAGCAAGGACGGUUUUUACCAACAUUAGCACAAAGGUUCCCUCAAUUUAGACUCUAACAUAUGACCUGAAACAACUCUAGGUCUGAGUCCUAGAGAUUAUAUUAAUAGUGUGUAGCCCAGAAAAGUAAAAUAGUUAGGUGUCACCCUGUUUUUUUUAAAUGUCAACACCAAUAGGAAUCCAUUUAGAUUAAUGUAUGUAAACAUACAAGUAAGAGAAAUGAGGAAAUUUUCAAACUCUGCAAAUACGCCUCCAAACUAGCUUUUGAUAGUAUGGUUUCUGUUAUUUGAAUGGAUUCCCAUCUCUGUCUCUAGCCUGGAGAAGAGCAAAAUGGAGGGGGAGGGGCCAGAAACAGGAGGUUUUGAAGAAUAAAGCCUCAGAUCCAGAGAAAAGUGAUCAAGUGAAAAAGCUGCGUCAAGACCCAUUUGGCAAGAGGUUGUCCGAAAAUAAUUCCUUGAUCAUAUCUGAAGUGGUUAUUUCCUCAAAUCAAUUUCUGCCCUGCUUCACGGAGACUGUCAUAAAUGGACUUGACAUUUAAUAACAGGUUACUUUCCAGAAAGGUUUCUAAACUUACAGAUUCAGCUUUCCAAAUUGUCAAAUUCACUUUGAAUAAUAAUAGAACCUGGGCUACAUUCCUAACUCAUAUUAACAGCAC